CGGACUGAGGACAAGAUGCUGAAAUCGACCAGUUCAGAGGAUCUGCUAGGGAACAGCAGCAACUCUGGGAGGGCCAACGUGGAGCAGAUCCUUGUCCCAGUUCUAGACUCGCUGAUUUUGAUGCUGGGAGUGACUGGUCACACGAUGGUGAUGGUGAUCUUGUGUGGACGAUGGAGGAGAACGAUAAGACCUACUGGACGAGCUUCCCAAGGCUCUGUGACUGGAACAGGGACAGACAUCCUCCUGGUGGCGCUGAGCGCUGCAGAUCUACUCCUCCUCUCUACACUUCCCUUCCAGACUGCCUCCAUAGCCAUGCAGGAGUGGCCGUUUGGGGACUUCAUGUGUCGUCUGGUGAGCUUCUUGGGGUCCACUUGCUCUUCAGCUAGCGCCUUCACUCUGGCCACUCUGGCUGUGUCUCGAUAUCUGACUGUGGUGAAGCCUGACAGGGCGUACAGGCUGUUCACCCCUUGCAAUGUGUCUGCAGUGGCUGGGCUGCUCUGGAUUCCAGCCUCCUGCCUCGGUGUUCCCCAGUUGGUUUUCCGCUCUGUGGGAACCCCACGACAAACCCCUGAUGGCCUCACUUGCUUUGCUUUCCUGUCUCACCGAGACCAGAUGAUCUACGGACUGGUUCACUUCCAUGCAGCCUUCUUGUUUCCAUUGGUUACCAUUGCAGUGGCAUAUGGAGGGAUCUUUGUGUUCCUAUGUAGGGGUCAACAUGUCGGCAGGGCCCCUCAAGUAGAGCGCUAUCAGAGUAAAGUGACUCAGACGACAGCCAUGUUGGUUUUGGCCUUUACCGUGUGCUGGCUGCCCUCCUACGGACUCACACUAACCUUACUGGUGGAUAAAAACUCAGGAGCAACCGGAGCGUCACCUCGUUACGGCGCCUUCAGCGUGUUUGCACGUUUCAUGGCAACCUCAUCAACAGUGAUGAACCCCAUUCUUUAUGUGCUCAUGUCCCAAAAGUUCAGACAGGAUAUACUGUGGAUCUUUAAUAGGAAAAGACAAAGAACAAACAUCACUCUGGCUUUGUCUGCUGCCUGA